UCGACCCGCCGACGCAAUUCCACAAUCUUGCGCACGAUGCAGCUGCCGCUACUCUCGUACGGCCUCUGGGCCCUGCUGGCCGUCCAGGCGACGGCGACAGCCCUGACCUACAAGCUCAACGCGAACGAGGAGGCGUGCUUCUACACGGCGUCGCAGCAAAAGGACGAGAAGAUCGCAUUCUACUUUGCCGUGCAAUCGGGUGGCUCGUUCGAUAUCAACUACCGCGUGACCGGACCGAACGAUAAAUACAUCUUGGACGGCGAGAAGGAGCGGCAAGGCGACUUCGUGUUCACCGCAAAGGAGGUCGGCGAGUACAAGUUCUGCUUCAACAACGAGAUGAGCACCUACACGGAGAAGUUUGUCGACUUCGAGAUUGCUGUCGAGAACGAGGCUCGCGUAAGCCUUCCUUCGAAGCAGGGCGCGUCCCCUGAACAGACCUCGUCGCUCGAGGAGUCCCUGUUCAAGAUCUCGGGCCAGAUGUCGACCAUCACCCGCAACCAGAAAUACUUCCGCACCCGCGAGAACCGCAACUUCAGCACGGUCCGUAGCACAGAGACGAGGAUCAUCAACUUCAGCUUGAUUCAGAUCCUGCUGGUUAUCUGCAUGGGCGCUCUUCAGGUCUUCAUUGUCCGAUUCUUCUUCCAGGGCGCACGGAAGGGCUACGUAUGAAGCGGCGGUUGCCUCGGAUGCUAUAUUAUGGAACUCGUUGGUUGGGUGGGCGUAAUUUUGCGAGCUGGGCAUGUCUUGCAUGAAGAAUUUAUGUAUCAUCACGGAUGGCUCAUGGUUAACGAGGGACGGGUCAGGUAGUGUCUUUGUUGUGUUGUUUUGGCGUGAUGAUUGGGUUUGCGUGUGUACUGUGUAGAUGGCACUGGUCACUAGAUCAAAAAGACGUCUAUGACCAGCAUCAUGAGCAUUGCAGUCUUUCUGGAACUGUU